AGGAGUCACUGGCUCCACCUGACCACCUUGUUCCUCGCACUCUCAUCAUCCUCCGAUAACAAGCCAGAGGAAUGUUCAGUGUGUUUUAACGAUUAUGACGAAAAUCGGCUACGACCUCGCACACUGCCAUGUGGCCACACAUUCUGCUCCCAGUGUAUUGACAAUGCUAUCAAGAAUGGUAAGCUGACCUGCCCUAGCUGCCGUGCCGAGCACGCUGCCACAGCCUCUACUCAGUUCCCAAUUAGCUAUGCUGUGGAGGCUUUUGUUAGGAAACUAAAAAAUACCCAGCUAACAACUGAGGAAGUAGUGCCAGCAAAACCUUAUGAAGGUCCCACCAGAGGCAUCAGUAAGACAUUACGUUCCAUGGUGCAGGAGCAGAUGAGCAGCAUCAGCCGCCUCAUUGUUAGCUGUGAAGAGGUAAUGUCCCAGCUGGGGGAGUACCGGGGGCAGCUGGGGGACUGGAAGACUCAUCACCUCCAGCUCCAGGACAGACUCUAUGCUCUGGUAGAGCAGAAUAAGUCAGCAAUGAAACUCUUGGAACUGGAGGAUACAAGUGUGGAAGAUAUGACAACACAAGGAGAGGAAGGGAAGACUCAGCUGCAGGCCAUGUUGGGGAACCUCGACACAGUCAACACUCCACAGGAGGUUGGCACAACCAUAGACACAGCUGAUGAGUACAAGAUGAAGGUAGAAGAUUGGGUCCGGAAGUGCCAGGAACUCUUCUCAGAUGUCAAGACUGUCCACACCUCAGUGAAGGUGCAGGAGACCAUCAGGGAGGCCCUGGAGAUGAUGACCACAGAGACAGGUGCCACAGAUAACAAGCCAGAGGAAUGUUCAGUGUGUUAUAACGAUUAUGAUGACAAUCAGCUACGGCCUCGUACACUGCCGUGCGGCCACACAUUCUGCUCCCAGUGUAUUGACAAUGCUAUCGAGAAUGGUCAACUGACCUGCCCCAACUGCCGUGCCCAGCACGCUGCCACAGCUGCUACUCAGUUCCCAAUUAGCUACGCUGUGGAGGCUUUUGUUAGGAAACUGAAAGAUAUCCAGCUAACACAAAAGAAAACUGUACCAGUAAAAAAGAAGUCAUACCACAAGAUAUUGAGUUGA